AUGGCUACACGAUUUGCUUCCUCUGGUACAUCAUCAUUUUUUAGGAAUUUCUGGAACAGUGAAACUGGUCCCAAAACUGUACAUUUUUGGGCACCAGCUAUGAAGUGGGGAUUAGUUUUUGCAGGUAUCAACGAUAUUAUAAAUAGGCCUGUUGAAAAGAUUAGUGGCUUACAAAAUUUAUCUUUAAUGGCAACAGGGUUAAUCUGGACGAGAUGGUCCUUUGUCAUUAAACCUCGGAACAUGUUAUUAGCUAGUGUAAACUUUUUUCUAGGAAGUGUUGCUAGUUUCCAAAUAUAUAGAAUUAUGAAAUAUAGAAGGGAUGAAUGCGGUGAUAAUUAUAAACAAAUCGCAAGCUAUUUGUUACAUGGUGAGACCAUCAAUGUGGAAAGAGGUGAUUCCGACAAUAUUGAUGAUAAUAAUAUUCCAAUUCUUAACAGCAAGAGUAAUAACAGUAGUAUUAUACAUAAUACUACACCCCAAACUUCUAGUAUAAAUUAA